AUGUCUCAGAGUAACAGGCAACUAGCCAGUUCCCUCCUAGCUUUUCAUACUGCGCUUGAUGCACUGCGCCAAUUGCAUCGCCUCAUUGACAACGCCCCCGCGGAAGAACUUGUUUACUUCACCUCUAUGCUGGCCCUUGACGCCUGCGACUACGACUGGGAACUGCAGUCAGAAUCUUCAGACUCGAGCGACGACUUCGAUGCACAUGUGGCUGAUCCUGCCGACAUUCCUAUAGAUCCAUCGAAAAAUGACCACUAUACCGAUGCCGACGGGGACUUGGAGAUGACAGACGCCCCUACACAGGAAUUCGGGACUCUGCUGGAUCUGGACGACCUGUCAGAGACUUUCAGCCCGGUAGACGAAUUAGAUCGUCAAGACCAACGAUCUGACGCAUCUACACUGAGGGGCCUUGAGGCCAUAGAGAAUUUCACGAGCAUCCAAUCCCAUCAGAUCGCUGAUGCAGAAACGCUGGACGGCCAAGAAGCAAAGCAUACGAAUAUUCAAAGCAGUCAGGGCAACGUUGUGCAAGCAUUCAUGACUUCAGGAGAGGGCUCAUCAGAUGCGGCUCAUGUGGAGCAUGUUGAGUUCGCCAAGGACGAAGAAGUUGGAAUGGUUGAGCAUGUCGAGUACGCAAACUCGGGACAGACCGAGAGCGACGAAGGUGGCGGCGGAUACGACGGCGGCGAUAACGACACCGAUUCACAGCCAAAAGACCCCAUGGAGGAGCUCCGACAAGAGCUAAAGGAUCAACGUGAUGACCUUGACUGUUAUUACAAAAUGACACGCCGCCAGCCGCCUUUGGAUCACGAGGUUACGGCACCAUACUUGUACUGGUGGUACCUCCACGUCUGUAACAAGCUUCGGCACCGUGAAGAGCUAAAAGGGAAGGCCGGAAUGGCCACCAUGCUAGAAUCCGAGCGGGGCAAAGAAGCAUCCAGCAGAUGGAGGGCGGCCAGCGGUAGAUCACGAUACCAACUGCUGAGCACUGUCAGCCCUCAACAUGAUCACAAACGGGCAGCUCGCUUAAAUGGCACAGGGCUCUUUCAUGCUGCGAGGGCAACGUUGAUCUCACAGGGACGGAAUGUUGACUGCGUGGAACAAGUACGAAAGAAAGGGCUGUUUCGUGGAGUAUCAGUCGUAAAUCGACCGGUGGAAGACUCCUGGCCUGGCUCCUUGCAACAAUUCUCGCAGAGACACUCCUUGAGAAAAUCAUUGACAAUGGAGGAGUAUGAGAAAGUGGAAAACCCAGAAGAUGUUUUCCCAGAGCCUAAACAGAUCCAAUGGUGA